AUGGAUGCAUUUACUAAUCUAUCAUUAGAUGACCCCGAUCAACUGGAUAUUGAUCCUCAACCAAUGGCAGAAUUAUCACUAACAGAUGAAAAUAAAUAUUUUAGAAAAUUAAAUUUUCAAAAUAAUUGGAAUAAUAUACCAUUAAAAGAUAAUACCAAUGUAUAUUUACAAUCAUCAAGUGAUAACAAUCAGUAUUUAGAAGAAAAUCAUUUAGAGAGCGAUAUAGAUAUGUUAAGUGAAGCAGAUACAAUAAAGACACCAAGUAAAGAAAAUAGAAUUAUUGAAUCGGAUGAAGCAAAAGAAGAUGAGAUACGAUCAUUUACAGUACAUUCACCUAAAGUACUACAUAAUAUACUUUCACCCACACAACUCGGUGCAUCUGCAGCAAGAAGAAGUUCAACAGCAAUAAUACAACGACAAAAUGAUGAUGAUGAUGAUGAUAUAGCUAAUUUAAAAUGGAAAGAUAGACCAAUUCAUGUUUCAAUUAACAACAACAACAAUAAUAAUUUUUUCUACCAAGAUCCCAAUGGAUAUACAUCUAUAUAUGAUAAUAAGAAAGAAGAUAAAUUACCUCCCCCUUGGUCAUCACAAUCAUCACCAGUUUCAAGAUUACCAUAUAAUUUUUAUUCAUAUUUACAAUUAACAUUAAAUUCAUUAACUGGCACAUUAAUCAUAUGGUUUUUAUUAUCAUCAUUUAAGAAAGAUAUACAUUCAUUAUGGUAUGCAGAUCGUAGACAACUUUUUCUUGAAUCACAAACCUGCCAAGAAAAUUGGAAUAUAAAUAAUUGUAUUGAAAAUGGUAAAUUACCUGCAUUAACCGAUCGUUGUAUGGAAUGGCAACGAUGUAUGACUAGAGAUAAUGAUAAAUUAUUUGGAACAAGAUCAUUGAGGAUUGUAAGUUUACUUGGUCAAUUAAUUAAUGGAUUUAUUCAACCGAUUGGAUGGAAACCAAUAACCAUUGUACUCAUUGGAAUUUUAUCCUGGUUAUUUAUAACUAAUUUCCUAAUGGGGUUUUUAAGGGCAAAAUAUUAUUAUAAGCAAGAUUUUAAUCAAAUAAAGGACACCGAUACAUCCAAUGCUAAUCAAUAUGAAGAUGAAGAUGAAGAUGAUGACAGUAAAAAACGUCAACUUCUAUUGACCACCAAACCAACCACUUGA